AUGGGGGACGAGGAACAUCAUGUCUUUCCCUGAUUGAAAGUUUCCAGCGUUUUUAAUCUUCGAUUAUCAUCAAAUAGCACAAGAGGCAUUACAGUUGCAUUUUCCAAAAUAAUUGUAAUGUUGCAGCUACUCAACGCUACAAGAAAUAAAUUUAAAAUUUAGGCAUAUGAUCAUUUAGCCUCAUUUUUAGGUCUUACUUCGAAGUCACAGUAGUGUAGGCGUAGGCUUAGACUUAGGCCACGUCUUAGUAAAGUAUUAAAGUUAAAGUGAGAGUAUACUUUAAUAACGCAAAAUAUAUAGUAGGCUCUGUAAUUUAGCUAGUCUUUAUUUGAGAUUUGCUAUGCAUAAGAAGAUUAAUGUUUCAGGCCCACUAAAAUUAAAAAGAUAACAACUUUUCAAAGAUGUUACUGAACUUUCUUAUACUUAUAAGUUAUAGUUAUAGCUUCAAUGAGUGUAACUUACUUACUGUAACUGUGGCUAAUUCCACAAUUAGUAAAUAAAAUAUUGUCACUAAAUGACCAAAACCCAUGAAUAAAAUCUACUGAUCAGGCAGAUGUAUUUCAAUGAAAGCAUCUUUUACUUUUUUAACAAGUGUGUUGCGACAUGUCAGAUUCAUAAAUACAUUUUGAACUAUUGAACAUCUCAAAAAUAUCAAUUAAACCAUGCCUGUUGCACAAGCUCGUCUGCAAAUCUUGCAAGUAUGCAAGUUAUUGCAAUGUGUCCGGGAAAAAGAUAAGGAACAAAUAGAGAAAUUAAUAUUAAAAGGUACUCCACAUCUCAUCAACUACAAUGCUUCUGAGCAAGGAUUGACAGCACUUAUUGUGGCUGCCAAAGCCAAUGAUGAGGAUAUGGUUAAUUUUCUAUUGGGGCUGGGUGCCCACCCUGAUGUAAUGGACUUGAAAGGCAAAACAGCAGCUAUGUGGGCAGCAGAGUUUGGCAAUGUUGAAUGUCUUGAAAAACUAUUACAUGCUGGUGCUGACAUGUCCCUCAAAGAUAUUGAAGGCAAAAGUGAGUAAUUUAAUAUACCUAAAAGUUUCUUUUAUUUCAUAGGCUAAAUUUACAUAACAGAAAUUUUCUAAAAUUUUGGUGGCUAUUUUGACAUGAGCGAUGGUUAAACAACAACCACAUUUAGUGUCAUGUAUCAUACAGAUUUUUUAAAUACUAUACUAUAUUAUUUAAUUUAAAAAAUUUAAUUAUUUUUGAAACAUUAUGUUAAAUGUUACUAAUUAUUUGCAGUAAUUGCACUAAUUAUUGACUAAUUCACUAAUACUCUAUCACAAAUAUGUUUAAAGAUUUUUAUAUAAGUCAAGUGACUAAAAUUGGAAGUAAAAAAUUUUAAUAAACAAUUACCUAAAAAAUUAGAUGAAAAUAUUAUUAUUUAUAUAAUCCAUACUUUUAAACUACCACUUUGUUUUGUUUUAUUUUGAUCGACACUGCUUUUUCUUCUUCAUUAGGUAUUAUCUUUUAUUUGCUAACACCAACUGAGAGGCAUAGCAAGUGUCUUGAGCUUGCUCUUUCACAUGGAGCUGACGUAAAUGUUGUUGACAUGGAGGGUAACCCUGUUUUUGUUGAGGCCUGCAAUCUAGCAGUUGACAAUGAGAAGCUGUGUAUGACUCUCCUCAGCCAUGGGGCUGAUGCUAAUAGCACGGCACUGGUAUCUAUUAAUAAUCAUACUACUCAUUUUUGGUGCCUUAUUUUUUUUAAUUUAAAAAGGGAUAUCAUUCUUAAUUAUAUAUAUUUCACUUAUGCCAAGCAAUGUUUAACCCUAACUGAUUUAGAAUUAUUUUGGGUUUUUAAAUUAAUUGUUAAUUUUGUAAGUCACCUAAAAAGCACCCAGCUAUAAAAAAAUUGAACACUGCUACAUUUAUCCUUUCAUUUGACCACAGCAGCACAAAUUAUGAUCUUGUGGAAAAUAUCAAUACUUUGAUGUGGCAUAUUAUCUGUUUCAGCUAAAAAUAAUGAAAUUUUUUUUUUUUUUACUCUGGCAUAUCAGUGUAAAAUCCCCAAAAAUUAAACAAAUUAUUGUGCUAGCUCCUCUUUAAUUUGCACAUCAUCAUCUUCGCUUAUAUUUAAUAUCCUUAUUUUACACCUUAUGAAAAUCUACCUAGUUCCUUAAUCAUUGUGAGUCAAUAAGUUAAAUUUCCAUGAUAAACCCAACUUUCUCAGACCUCUGUUCUAAAAAAUAUUGGUAACACUUGCCUUUCAGCGACUUUGGAAUUUUAAAAAAGUGCCAAAGUAUAUUUAUAAACUGUUAAAAUAUAAAUGCUCUAAAGAUAUUAAAUUAAAAAAUGACAAUGUAUAUUCAUUUUUGCUCGGAGAAAGAGUUGUCAUUUAAAAUUAAGAAUUUUGUAUUUAGAUGAAAUUUGGAUAGUUAUAAAUUACAUUACUAUGUACAUUUGAAGCCUCUAAUAUGAAGCCAACCUGUUGAAUACCUUAUUUCUUUGCUGUAGAAAAUAUAUUUAUUAUUAUUCAAGUUUCCAUUUUCUAAAUCUUUAUUUAUUAAAUUACUAGCCAAUAUACCCAGCGUUGCACGGGAUUGCAUUAGGACCCUGGUACUGGUGGGACCCAGAUCCCAUUGGGACCCCAAUCCCAUGCUGACAGAUCCCGGCGCAGUACUAUUUCCCGGUGUAAUCCCGAUCCCAGUGGAUACAUUCAAGGUUAGGAUCCCGAUCGCAGUGGGAUCCUUUUUUCUUGUGGGAUCCUGAUCCCGUUUGGAUAAAGAUUAUGAUGGGAUCCCGACCCCUUUGGCAUCCCGCAUCAAAAAAUUCUUCAGUGGCACUGAGAGAACAGUUAACUCCGGGACAGUAUAGAAAUAAAUAGAAAACUAACUAAAAUUUCAUUAUCCCUUAGAUCCCUCUAUAUAUAUCCCCGUGGAACAAUUAAGACCGUUCUGGAACAUUCUAGAUUAAAUUUAAUAACCUGCUCGAACAUGUGUAAAACUACGUUUCUAAUUUUUUUUUGAAUAUGAUAAAAAUCUUCAACAAAUACCAUAAUUAUAAUCCUUUUUCUUUUAAGUUAAUCAUGGAGCCCCGGCGGGCCCAUUCCACAACUGUACCAAUUUAGCUUUGCCUGAGAUAGGGGCCCCCUAUAAAUAUCAGAUGGAUAAAUAAUAAAGUUAAAAUUUUAAAAUUGUGCCAUUAAAAUCUAUUUAAAAACUCCAUAGAUAUAGCUUUUUACAGUUAUCGAACUUUCUGGAAAAUUCUAGAUUGGAUAUUAUUAGUUUUAAAUCCACCGAUAUUUCAAUAUGGACUAAGAAGCCAUAAAUUCCCAUAGAACCUAUACUGUUGUCUAACCCUAUUGAUAUUCAUAUAGCUUACAUAGGGUAAAAUGAACUGGGGCCCCCCGGCCCAGAGAAAUGGAUAUUAUGAGUUCACUACCCUUUGGUAUUUGAAUAAGGAUGAUCAUGUGUAUGUGUAAUAAGUUUUGUCAAGAUCCAUCCAUUCAUGUAAGAGUAUUAAGCCUAUUGAUAUAUUAUUAAUAUAGCUUAUAUAAGGAAAAAUGAAAUGGGGUCCCUGGCCCCAAAAUAAUGGAUAUUAUUAUUGCAGUACCCUUUGGUAUUUGAAUAUGGAUAAUAAAGUAUAUGUGUACUAAGUUUGGUAAAGAUCCAUCCAUUCAUGUUGGAGUACUAAGCUUAUUAAUAUUUAUAAAGGUUUUAUAAGAAAAAUUGAAAUGGGGCCCCUGGCCCCAGAGGGAUGGAUAUUUUGAGAUCAGGACCCUUCGGUUUUUAAGUAUGGAUAAUAAAGUAUAUGUAUAGUAAGUUUGGUCAAGAUCCAUUUACUCAUGUAGGAGUAUUUGUUGUUAUUUUAUUUAUAUAGCUCAUAUAAGGAAAAAAACGAAUUCGGGCUCCCGACCCCAAACAGAAUGUUAUAAAAACACAUAACCUCUUAAGAGUUCCUUCUGGAUCAUGAUGGAUAUAUGUGCCAAGUUUGGUCAAGAUCCAUCAAUCCAUGUAAAAGUCUUUGUGGAACAAACAGACAAAUAAACCCACAAACUUUCACUUUUAUAUAUAUAUAUGAUAAGUAAACUUGUCUUUCCUUUUUAUUUUCAUAGAAAUCUGGUCGCACUCCACUCAUGGCAGCAUCAUCAAGUGGUGGUAUCAAAGUGGUGUCUGCUUUAUUGGCUGCCGGGGCUAAUCCUAAUACCAUAGAUGCAAAGAAAAAUUGUGCUGCUCAUUUUGCAGCCAUGAACGGCCACCUCAAAGCCCUUCAGUUAAUGGCUGGGUAUGGAGCAGAAUUCAACAAAGUUGCCAAUGAUGGUGGUAAUCCAAUCCACUAUGCUGCAAAGACUGGAGAAGCUAUGUGUAUUAAGUUUUUAUCGCAGCGAGGUAAAAUAUUUUAUUGCUAAAAUAGUUUGUCCUAAUUAUGGUUUACAUUUUAAAUUUUUUCUUUAAAGAAUGAUGUUACGAAAAGCAGGUAUGUUAAUUUUUACUUUUUAGCAUUUAAAAAUGUCUGAUAAAAAUUCAUUUUAGCCCAGAGGACAUAAAUGCAAAUGUUUUAGUAAAUUGAAGCAGAGACUUUUCAUAAUUAAAAAUUUAAUAGAGUAGACAUGACUUAUCAUUCAAAUAAAAUUAUCUAGCACUAGUAUUUGCUCAGACUUAUUUUUAAAUAAUCAAUUAUUUUAUUUAGGAGAAAAAUAAUUUUACCUCAUGUUAAAAAAACAAACAAAUUUAACAGAAUUAAGUUUUGGCUAUAUUUCAGCAUUUGUAUAUUAAUCAAAUUUUUAUUUCUUUAUUUUAAUAAAACAUGCAAUGAAAUUACAAUCUCUGAUUUAAAACAUCCCAAUUAAUAUGUAAAUACAUCUCUUUCAGGGUGUAAUCCAAAGAUAAAGAACAACCAUGGUCAACUGCCAAAAGUCAUAGCCAAAGAAGCUGGCAACAAGGCAGCUGGGACAGAGCUCAGAAAAGCAGAAAAGGCUUAUGGUAAAGGAGGCAAAAAUAAUGACCCAUGGGUUCUUCAACUUUAUGAUUGGGUACAAGCCCGCAAGGCCGUCCUUCUCCCUGCAUUCACAGCCAUUGAUGUUGAAGAACUGGGCAAGAUUCCCACCAAUGAUUUCUGUGAUGUCCUGACAAGCAAAGGCUGUACCACAGAUGAGGAAUCUUUAAAAAUGGUACUUACAUUGCAAGACAAAAACAAAGAAGGUAGAAUAGACUAUAACGAUUUCUUCCUGGCUAAAAAGUGGGUCAAUAAAAAUUUUGUCAAUGAGGCCUUUGAAGGAAAGAAGAAAAAGAAGAAAUCAAAGAAGAAAGGUGGGAAAAAGGGCAAGUUCAAACUUAUUAUGCCAAUUUGCAUCCAAGAUGAGGGUCCACGGCAGUUUGGAGGAGUGCCGCCACUAGUUUACAUACCGCAGCACAUCCACUACACAGACACCGGCAGAUUUGAUCGGGACAAGCCACCAAAACAUCCAUUACAAGACGACUCAGGUGAUAUAAGUAAACCAAUGUUAAAUUUAUCCACACAAUUAAUAAAUAAUUUUAAUCAUGUUAAAAGUCUCUUCUGCUUGAUGUUGAUUUUAAUGUUUUGUUAAAAGCGAAAUAGAAAGUAAAAAUACUUAAUAUUUAUAUUCUUAAAACAUUAUGCUGUGCAUUCUGGUACUGGAGAUGUAAUAAUAACUUUUUUGACUGGAAAAUAUUUUAAUUUUUUUUAUGAAGUUUUAUAGCUUCUCAGAGAAGUUAGGAAACCUGCUUAAAUAUAUAGUUAUUUAAUUAAUCAAUAAGUGCAACUUGUUUUUAAUUCAUUUUGUUUUCUUAAAAAGCGACUUAAAUUUUGUUAAAUCCUUUAGCAGUUUCCUUUUAGAAUACAAACUUGAAACUAAUAAUUUUUUUUAAAUUUAAUUUUUUUUUUUCGCAACUUUCCCCUCAGCAUGGUACAUUGAGGCUCCACCCAAAACAUACAUUAACAUCUGUGAGGCUGCUAAGAAUGGAGACAUCCCAUCAAUUAGGGAUGCGUUGAAGCGAGGGACUCCAGUGGAUACACGUGAUAAAUUCUACAAGACAGCCCUGAUGGUUGCAUGUGAAGUUGCUGACAUUGUAAUGGUUCGAUUCCUAAUUGAAAAUGGGUAGGUUGUAUUGUUUUUAGAUAUUUUAUUUUGCAUUAAUUGUUGAAGUACUUUAAUAAUAUAUGAACUGCUUGACUGGGCUUUGGUGGAGAUUGGUUCAGUUUAGACUAUUUGACCACCCAGCACCCAUAUACAAAUAUAUUAUUUAAUAUUUACUGAUCAUGAUUUAUUUUGCAGGGCUAAUGUGAACGCAAGAGAUAACUUUAAAUGGUCGCCUCUUCAUCACGCAUGUCACAUGGGCCAGUUGGAUAUAGUUCAGCUCCUGGUGGAAAAUGGAGCUGAAAUCGAUGCCGCCUCCAUCAACGGAGGCACACCAUUGACCCGGGCCAUAGAGAGUUCCAAGGAUACCGUUGUGCAGUAUCUCAUUGAUCGAGGAUGCAAGAUGCAGACAGAAAAUAAGAGAGGCAACUACAACCAGUUUCUUCACUUUAUUUUCCUUCUGCUUUCUUAGCAAUUCCCAAUCCUUCUGCUUCCAAAGAGCUCACAACUGAGAUAUGCAUUAUUCUGCCCUAUAAAACCAUUUCAAUAAUGUGUUCAGAGCAUUCCUAAGAUAGUCAAAGAGCAUUCCUAAGAUUAGUCAAAGAGCAUUCCUAAGAUAGUCAAAGAGGAUUCCUAAGAUAGUCACAGAGCAUUCCUAAGAUUAGUCAAAGAGCAUUAAUAAGAUAGUCACAGAUCAUUCCUAAGAUAGUCAAAGAGCAUUCUAAGAUAGUCAAAGAGCAUUCCUAAGAUAGUCAAAGAGCAUUCCUAAGAUUAGUCAAAGAGCAUUCGUAAGAUAGUCACAGAGCAUUCCUAAGAUAGUCACAGAUCAUUCCUAAGAUAGUCACAUGACAAGCAUAAAAGGGUUAUAGAACAAACAUAAAAUAGUCAUAGAAUAUUCCUUGCUCUACUAAUUAUUUUAAUAAAUGAACCAUUGGCCCUCAGGUUUGACCCCCAUGGACCUGGCCUACGCCUGGGCCGACCCCCGUGUCUUUGAGAUUGUUAAGACUAAGUGGGACACACUUAAGCCAAAAGAUGACAAGAAGGGCAAGGCGAAACCCAAGAAAAAGGAAAAGAAAGUUGGAUCUGGCACCCAAGACCAAUUCAAAACAGAGCAGGUGAGAGGGGAAAAAGGGGGGUGGGGGGAACUGAUAUCAAAUUCAGGAAAUGGGAAAUAAGAAGCACAUGAUAGGAGGAUACUCAUAAGAACACUUUACACAAGUCUUCAUCAUAAGACAACCAAAUAACUCUUAUAAAGGAAACAUUAAAUUAAAAAAAAAAAUAUAUAUCCUAUAUAGCUGGAAGCUGAGUGAAAACGUGUGUGUCAAGAAACGUGUGUGUCAGGAAAUGUGAGUGUGUUAUAUCAUAUCUUGCCACAGGCUUUCACUUUGAUUCUCAUAACCCAUUUUUUUUAACACAGGUCAAAAUGCCAGAUGAAGACUCUCUGCCCCAACCACGUAAAGGUUCUAUACUGAGGGCAGCCUCUGCUCUUGCCGGUGGGUUCGAAGAGCAGGAGGACAUCCGUUACUUCCCCAAGAAGGUCUGGACAACACAGAAGACCACCGCUGAGCUUCUCAGAGACAAGGAGAUUAAGCGAGAAAGAUUCGGCUGGGAGGUGGACUUCCCAGAGUAUGAGAUGCCCUUCCAGAAAAACAUUAGUGAAAAACUUAAAGAGAUGGAGGAGGAAGAUCAUUGAUAAAAAUAAGACCGUUUUACUUUUAGGUUUCUGUUUUUUGGUGACCGAGUUGUCUCAUACUUGUUCACAAGUGUGUGUGAGACCGGAAAGUUCCUUAGGGAUGGGUACAAAUAAGUCCUCUCAUCAACUUGUCAAGUUACAAAGAUGUCUACUCAUUUUAUUGUGGGUGUAAAGAUUUGUACUCAUUUUAAUGUGGGUGAACUUUAUCAACAGUGAGUCAAUGAGAAUGUUUGAAUAUUUCUCCAAGUGAUGAAUUUAAAGCUAAAUAUGGCUUAACUGUAUCUGGUCUAACUGUAUCCAGUCUAACUGUAUCCGGUCUAACUGUAUAAAAGCACAGUUUAGGUAUCAGCAAGAAAAAUUCUAGGCAAUUCAAAGAUCAAGUUGCUACAAAUAAAGGGAACAAAAUAUUAUCAAACUCCAUAAAAUUGAUCCAACAGACUGAAUAUAUAAAGAAAACUUUUAAAAUCUUAGAAUUCUGGAUCACUUGUGGACAGUGGCUUCUCAUAUAUUUUUCAUUGAAUUCUCUGUUAUGAGGAAAAAGGUUUCUUUUACAUUUUUUUAGACUAAAUUCACUUUAGCCUUCAAUGAGUUUUACAGUGUUGAUUGUAAUGCUAAUUAUUGAUUCUCUAUUUUUUGUCAUCAUUUGAUGUGAUUGUGCCUCAGAGACUUUGCCAGCAGGACAACUAUUUCAUUUUAUUUAUUAAUUCUAAUGUGUUAAAACAUUGAGUCUAUAACAACCAGCCUUUAAUAAGCCUGUCUGUUUCAUUAUAUUUGCACUGUGCAAUUUCAGACAAUAUAUGAAUGGUCUCGAGAGAUGAUGUGAUGAAGAAAUGAAGUGAAUAAGAAUCUAUUUAAUUGUUUCUUAUAUUGUCUUGUUUGGUAAUAUUUAAUUUUUUUAUCCAAAUGUAUUUGUUAUCAGCUAAAUAGCAUUGUUUUUCUAUUGCCAAACUCCUGCAAAAAAUGACAUGCAAUAUAAAGCCUUUACAUAGAUAUAUACUUUUACCAUAUCUUUUUUAAGUGAGCUUACAGCAUCAGUUUGAAUACUUGUUUCUUUUAUAACCAAACAAAUAAUUUUUGAUGAACUUAUCUGCCAAUGUAAAUCAUCCUUUGUGCCACUAAAAAUAAAAAAAUAAUUUUUACCUUUUUUACUGAGACAUCUGUUGUUUGUUGGACUUUUAAAAUGUCAAAAUGUUUUUUAUUUUUUUAUUUUUCCCUUG